AUGUUGCUAGCGUCGCUCCUGCUCAUUCCAAUCAUCCAUCAAACGACCUCUAUUAACUCCGACAGCGUUCUAUACAAGGAGAUCGCCGCGUACCACAACGAGACGUCCUUCAAAGCGCGGUACGCUUACGAAGUAGUUGAGAAGAUCUUCAACGCCUUCAAGCAGUGGUUCUACACGAUCACCUUCUGCGACUUCACCUACUUCGAGAACAGGAUCCUGAAGUACACCGAGAACUCUGGGGACGGCUACCCCGUGAUGCUGCUUAACGGGUGUCCCGACGCGAACAGGACCAAGGUCAGGCCGAAGAUCAACAGGCACGGGAAGACCGUUUACGUGGUGACGUCAGAUGAGCUGUCUUUAGAAGGAAGCGAGUUCGUCAUGGAAGCUUUCAUAAGAACCGGCGUGUUCAAGCCGAGGAGCGCCGUGAUAUUCGUCAUCAGCAAUCCCGUGGAAAUGGACAGCUAUUUCUUCUACAACAUGAAGCUGCACUUUCGGCUGCUGCUCAGCAGGAGCAUCACUAACUCUGUGAUGGUGCUGCACUCGGGCCGAUUGAGGGUGUACACCUACAACCCAUUUAGGAACGAGAUACUGGACAUAACGGACGUCGCUGACGUUGGCCGCCUACUGGCUGGCCAGUACAACAAUCUUUUCGGACAUGAAUUGCGAUUGAGCGUGUUUAGGAAGAUCUAUGUGAGCGACGACGUCGGCCCGGUGUACUGCGAAUCGAGGCUGGCGAAGACAGUGAUGAAAAUACUUAACGCCACAUGCAUACCUCUGCCCACGAGGGAUGGCAAUACUGUCGGAGACUUGUUACCGAACGGUACGGCCACCGGCGUGACGGCCGACUUGAUAGACGGCUACGCAGAUCUGGAACUAAGCUCGCGCAUCCUAAAGAACUCUUACUACGGUUACAUCGACACAACGUACCCUCUGAUGCAGGACGAGCUGUGCUUUCUAGUGAAGAAGUCAUCGAAACAGUCGACCUUCGCCACAACGUUGAAUCUUAUAUCGGUGGACAUACUGCUACUUUGCAUAUUCAAUUUGUUCUUCUUCGUAACUCUAGCAUUUUUCGUGCGAGUGGCCGAGAUUAGACUUUGGAAAUUGAACGACAGACGUACUGCCUCUUCGACGAUCGUGGAUCUACUGAAAUGUUUCAUCAGGCAAACUGUCGACAUCAAAUUCACCGGCCCGAUAUUCCGAUGCGUCGUUUUGCUCGUAAUGAUAUACUCUUUGGUUGUUGAUUGCGCAAUCGAUGGCAUCAUAACAUCGGCAAUCGCCUACCCGAGAUACAAGCCGGACAUAAACACGCUGGCUGACCUGCUCGAGACCAACCUGACGUUCGCCGUUCACAACCGCCACAUGCGCAUCUACAACAGAAGCCUCGGUCCGGACGGUUACAAAGCGAUUUCCGAACGCACGGAGGUGUUCAACGACAUGAGAAUAAAACAGGCGAUUGAGCAGAGGCAGUUCCAGUACGCGGUCCUGCUGAGGAAGUCCGACGCCCAGUUCAUCAGCGGGAAACCGGCGAAUAUGGAGGAGGGAAGGCCGCUGUUCCAUACAGUCGAAGAGUGCCCGGUCCCCUGCUCAAUCGUCUACGGGCUGAAGUACGGGAGUCCGCUCCUGCCGAAGCUGAACAAGAUUCUGCAUCACCUGAACCAGGCAGGUGUCCUC